UCUACGCCUGCCCUGUCGACCGUAUCGUAGAAUCGUGGUUCCGUUUACACCAUUUGCGAGAGCCGAAUGGGGGAAAUCUACUGUAGUUAAAGAUCUAUUAUGUCAGUGUCAUUAAGUUUCGCAACUAUACGAACUUUCUUUAGCUUUAAGUUUCCGUGAUAUUUUUCGUGUUCGCGAAAGUUGCUCUACGUUGAGAAGAAUCCGCGCCCUGAAUUAUUAACGAUAGCUUCUGCUGCAGUAUCGUAUCUGCUGGAGUCACUUUCUCAAGCCGGAUAUUCGCGAGUGUACUUUCCUAAUAGAUACCUCUGCUAAGUUGUCAUUCUACGCUUUAAAGUUCUGCUAUUUAAAUAGAUCCUAGCACCUUCAAUGGGUAUCCAUUCAUUUGUACAAAUGGCUGACUUUGGACGUGGGCCAGUUAUGUAAGGGGCCCAGGCAGUGACGACACCGCGCCACCUUCCCGCCCGCACCCGUCGUUGUGCUGCAUUGCUUCGUCACUCGCAGCGACGACUUUGGACACCUUGCUCUGACUUCGUACGGGGACUAAACACCUCUGCACUUAUUAAGGGUGUCUUAAAAAUUUUCAUAAAUCAAAAGAAUGUCACGCUUACAUCAUAUACAACCAGAAGUGUCUAUAUUUGCUGUUUCACCUAAUCCACAACCUAAAGCAAGAAAAAUCAAAAGUAAUCCACCACCAUUAAAACCUGCUACAUGGCCAGUUAAACAGCCUGAAGCAUCUAUGCAAUUACAACAAUUUCUAAAAUCUCAGCGUCAAAAUCAAAAAUCAUCAUCUCAUAGAGGGCCGCCGCCUCUAAAUAAAAUGCAGUAUUUUGCAAAUGAUAGUCGUACAGAGUACCAAAAACAGCAACAACAAAUGCAUCAAAAAAUCAUGCAACAACGUAUGAUGGCUAAUAACAAUAGCCAUCGAGAACAUUCACCUAACCCAUUUGAUUUCCUUGAGAUUGGUGUACAUGCUAAUGCCGAUAUUUUUAACAAUAUUCCAAAAGAUAAACAGAAAAAAUCUGAGGUUAGAAAUUUGUCACAAACAGAUUCUGGUAGUCGUCGAAAAAAUGCUAAUCCUAGGAAAGUAGCUCGUGAAAAUGAAGCUGACACAACUAGGCCUAGUGAUCAUUUUCUCUUGUCUCAACUUAAGCAAAAUAAUCUUCGUCAAUCUUGCUUACUUUGUGAACGUGAUUUUAGCAAUAAAACUGAUUUAAGUCAACAUAUAUCAGAAGUGCAUGGAAUUGAACCUUCUGAUUUACAUCAAUUAAAUGGAAAUUUUGGAGAAGAUGAAGAGCUAGCUGAAAGUAUGAUGGAAGCAGAAACAGUUUUUUUUUGUGAAGUGUGUACCAGGGAGUUUCAAGACAAAGCCAGUCUAUGGUUGCAUAUGGUUAGAGGUCAUAAACAAGAAGCUGCUGUUACAUGUGGUGUAUGUAUGAAAAUUUGUCAUGAUAGUAAAUCUUUAAUGGAACAUGUGAAUACACAACAUCCUAAAUCUAGUGAUACAGCUGAAUCUAUACAACGUAGAUACCGUUGUCAAGUUUGUGCUAGGCAGCAUGACACCAAAAAGAAAAUGAUGAGGCAUGUUGUAAUACAUACUGUAUAUGACAAUGAUGGACAAAUAGUAGAUCCUGAGAAGUUAAUCAUUAUAAAUAAUAAUUUUCAUCCUACAAAAGCUACAAAUAAUGAACAUUAUACAAUUAGUUGUCAAGUAUGUCAUAAAGUGUUCCCUAGUGAAGAGAAGUUAUUGAGACAUAUGUCCUCUGUUCAUUUAAUGACUGGUUGUGAUGACAUGAUAACUACAACAUCUGGAUUAGCAUCUACAAAUACUUCUCAGAGUAGUUUUGUUAAUCGUUGUGAACUUUGUGGCGACUCUUGUGGUUCUCGUACUGAAAAAUGGUGGCAUGUAUUGAAAGAACAUGGAAACAAUGAAGCAUUGAUAUGUCCAAAACAAGAUUGUAAAAAGUUAUUUGUAUCACCAGCUUUACAAGUUGAACAUCAAGCUCACCAUGAAGCCCAAGGUGACUGUCCUAACACAUGUGAGGUUUGUGGAAGAUUGUGGCCAAAUCGAAAUGAUUUUUAUAAACAUAUAAUGGCUGUGCAUGCUGAAGUUAUGCCAUUGCUAUGUGGAUUAUGUUUGAAAGUACAUUUAGAUGUCCCUAAACUUCGAGAACAUAUAAAAGAAAAACAUGAACCAUUAAUUUCAAAAGAAAAUGCAAUUUUCUGUGACAUUUGUGGUAGAACUUACACAAAAUGGUCAAAAAUGAUGAGGCAUAGAUCAAUACACAAUGUUGAAGAUCAAGUAUCUCAUUUUGUCACUGAUCAGUUGUCUGAAGUUAAUUUAAAAUGUACAUUGUGCCCUGAUACAGAAUUUAAAACUGUAGAAGAAAUUUCUGAACAUCGGAAAAAUGAUCAUCAAUUGCAUGUAUGUGAUCUUUGUUCAAAGUAUUAUAGUGGAAAUAAUCAUUUAUGGAAACAUGUAAGUCGACAGCAUAAAGGUCAUCCUGAUGUGACAUGUAGUUUAUGUGCUCGUACAUCAGCUUCUAAAGUUCAUCUUAAAAGACAUAUGACUAAAUACCACUCAGACCCUGUUGAUCAACUUAUUGACAAGUCUAAUAACAGUAAUCGUGCUGAAACAAAUAUUAUCCAUCAAUGUAUUAGAUGUGAUAAAAUAUUUAGAAUUAGAAGUUUAUUGAAAAAACAUUUAAAAUAUUGUAAAGGGAAAAAAGAUUCCCUCGCAGUACCUAAAGAAAAAGGUAAUUAUCCUUGUUCAAAAUGUAGCAAAACAUUUGAAUAUCAAACAUAUUUAAACAGACAUCUUAGACAUAGUCAUUUAGUUCAACAUUGUGAAUUAUGUUCAGAAGAUAAAACUGGUGAACAUUUUGAUAGUAAAAUGUUAUUAAUGGACCAUAUUAGGGAGAAACAUGUCAAUGAUCCAGAAUUAACUUGUAAUAUUGAUGGUUGUAAUAAAAUAAUGAGAACAAAAGCUGAUUGUCAAAAACAUAAACGUGAUCAUGUUCGCCGCGUUUUUUCAUAUGUCUGUGAAUUUUGUGGUGACAUGCACUCAAAUAAAAAGACCUAUAGAAAACAUUUACGACAGCGUCAUAAAGAAAAUACUCAAUAUUUAUGUGGUGUUUGUAUGGAAGUUUCUUUAGAUAGUGAUGGUUUAACUAAACAUUUACAUGAUGCUCAUCCACAAACAUUUGUAAAACCUAAUACUUGUCAAAUUUGUGGUAAAAUAUUUUCGGUUGGUAGUAAAGUUAGUGAACAUAUAGAUAAAAUUCAUGGGAAAAACUUAAAACCUUGUAAAAUUUGUUGGAAAGUAUUUAGUGAUAAAGAUGUUUUAAAAGAUCACAUAGAAAAUCAUCCAGUUAAAGAAGAUUCACCCAAAAUAGUUACUCCUGUUAAAAAAACAAUUGAUCCAAAACCCAAAACACCUAAACUUUAUGGACUGCCCAAAGAAUUAGCAGAACUAGGUUUUAGUGAAGAACAACAAGAAAAUCUAAAAAGAGAUAUUGAUGAUAUUACAUCAGAUAUAAAUACAAAAAGACUUAGAAAACUUCAUUCCUGCACUGUUUGCUACAAAAGUUUUCGAUUUGAAACUGAUUUGUAUGACCAUAAAAGAGAGGAACAUUCAAUCAUUGAUGAUAGUUAUGUUGAAGAAGAAACUGAACGUGGUAAAGAUCAACCUAUUAUUCCUAAAGGCAAAAAAACUGUUUGUACUAUAUGUAGAAAAGAAUGGUUAAGUUUAAAACAUUUUUGGCAACAUUUGAUUAGAGCACAUCGUCCUGAAGCAGCUUUUGUUUGUGGAAUUUGUUGUAAAAUUACUUCAAAUUAUGAUGAAUUAUCUUUACACUUAGAUAACCAUCACCCAAAUGCUACUGUUACCUCCUUAUUUUCCUGUGAUGUUUGUGGACGUAACCACAAUGCAUUUUCUAAGCUUCAAAAACAUCGUCUUAUUCAUUCAAAUGCUCCUAUCUCUACUUCCAAAUUUCAUUGUGAUGAAUGUGAAAUUGUUUUCAAUAGUCAGUCAUUUGGAGAAAAACAUAUUGAAACUCAUGGUCCUGGUAGUAAAUUAUGUGUUGGUAAAGAGUUGUGCCAAGAAAUGGAUGAUGACAUGAUAGAAGAACAAAUUGAAGAAGAAGAAGUAGAAGACGAUAUUAAAGAAGAUAGCACACUAGAUACAAAAGAAAAUACAAUAGAUGAAGAUGAUGAUGAUGAUGACGACGAGGAUGAUGAGGAUGAUGAUGAAAUUGAAUGUAAUGAUGAAAGUGAUGCUGCUGAGCAUAAUGAAGAAAUAGAUGACAGUAAUGAUGAUGAUGAUAACCAGAAUGUAGAUGAUACCAUUGAAGGUGAACUCGAAAAUGAUGAUGAUGAUGAUGAUAAUAAUAAUGAUGAUGAUGAAGAUGGCAUUGGUGAUGAAGAGAAUGGAACACAAAAUGAGGAAGAUGGUAAUAUAAAGGAAAACAAUUAGUUUAGGGUUCCUAUUUUUUAGUUAUUGAACUUCAAGAGUUUUGCAUUAAUCCGUUGUUUCUUUUUGUUUAUUUUAUAUAUCAUGUACAUAUAUUCAUUUUAAUGUACUAUUUAAAAAAUAAAUAAAGAAGUAUAUUUCUUUAAAAGAAAAUAUUAAAAGACUGGUAUACCACCUUUUUGGGUUGGCAUACACAAAAUAAUUAAAAGAACCAAAUUAUACUGUACAUAUUUUAUA